UAGCAACUUCAACGGGUUUUCCAUGCUGAGAGUACACACACGCGUGCUGUGACCACUGAUACAGCGUACCGAUAUCGACUGCACGACAAGUGAAGCAGUCGAGCAUAUCACCCGAAACCUGGUUGUCGGACCACGGAGCAAGCAUGAAGACGUUCAUUCUUGCUUUUCUUGCGUGGUUUCUGGGGCUGCGUUUUGAAUAUACUCGAAGAGAUCUCGAACUCUUGUGGAACCGUAUAUUGUGUUAUCUGUACCAUCGCUACCAGUUGUGGAAGCGGGAAUGGAAGAUUCCCCAGCGUACCUUUUUCGUGGGAAAGCAGGAUCCAUACACUGCUGGAAUUCUUUUUCCUGAAGCGGAAUGGGAAAUAGAGCGACCGACAUGCGAGAAACUUGGCAGGAGGAGGGACGAGAUGUUCUUUUGCGGAACGAGGACCACAGGAGAGUGCUUCGUCAUGAGAGUCAGCAGAAAACGUGGCCGCUGCCUCGACCUGUGGAUGUACUUGCGAAUGGAGAACGGCGAUCACUACGAACUUGUGGAACACUCACUUCUGGAUCUCAGCGGGAAAGAAGGCUUUGCCGCGAAAGGGUUACGAAUCGAAUGUCAGGCUCCGAUGAGACAGUGGAGAAUAGUAUUCAACGGCCUCAUGCGAUCUCUGUCGACAGACGACGCCAGCACUUCGAACCUGCACGUCCGAAUAAAUUUCCUAUGGAAGGCUUCGUCUCACGUGUUCGACAUCCAGGCCAACGCUUCGCAUGACGGUAUACUUGACAGCUGUCUUGUGGAAUCACUAAGCCAAACUACGUCCAACUGCAAGCACGUGCACCAACUCAUCGACGGGUACGAACAACGGGGUCAACUCAUGGGUACCGUCACACUAGCCGACGAAAAAGAAAGGGAGAUGUACCUUUGGGGUACCAGACAACGACUGAAGGGAAACGUCAGUACAGGAAGUUUCACCAAAGCAAGUCACGUGUUUGGUCACACAAAAGGGGCACAGAGCUUUCAUAUAGCCUGCUAUCACCCGAAUAUCGGCUACGGAAAUUCUGAGGACGUGCCAGAUAUGUCGAGGUUCAUUUACGGAAACUUACAAACAGCGGAUGGCGUAGUGGACCCAGUUACCGAAACCUCGUCUUCAGGUCUUCACGUACUUGCGUUGCUGGAGAAACCCAGUUUUCGCAUAACAGCAGAUGAGACGCAUGAAAUCCAGAUCAAAGAUGCCGUCACUUUAAAACGUCAUGUUGCAGAGUCUGAUGGCACGCAAUUACUUUAUAUCGAAUUCACGUACGACGGGGUACCAGGAUGUGGCUUAGGAUUCCUAGAUAUCAGUUCGCCGAGGCUAUUUGAUGCGUUCAAACUAAAUGCCGGUCUGCUUACACAAGACGAGGGUUGUCCAUCCACCGUUCCCUUUGUAGCCAAUAUUUCCGAUGUUGUCUGCAGACAUACCAGUGUUGCUGGUGGGAAAGGGUCAUCCUUAUGUCUUCUGAACGCUAUCUCCGAGGAAAAUAAAGAGGUCUUCAAAGUUCCCGCUGGAGUCAUCGUCACUACAGCUGCGUACGACUUGUUCUUGAGGGACGGUCCAGCGAAACUGUUGCAGUCCAUCUUGCAAGAAGCUCAAGGGGAAAAAACCAUUGAAGAAGUGACCCAGGUCUCAGAGAGAGCGAUGAAAAACAUCAGUGACACGGCGCUGCCGAACGAGCUGAAGAAACAAAUCAGAGACUCUUUAGUCCUGGCACUUGACGGUGACAUUGAGACAAAAAGAUUCGCCGUAAGGAGCUCCUGCACAGGAGAAGACACGUCCGAAAUGUCUGGAGCAGGCCAGCUAGAAACGUUCCUUGGAAUUCGCGGAAUGGAAGCUGUCUACGAAGCUGUCGUCAAAUGCUGGGCGUCACAGUUCAGCCCCGUUGCAAUUCAGUACAAGAGACGCUAUGGCCAGUUGCUGAACUCUCCAAUGGCAGUGGUCAUCAUGGAGAUGGUGGCGUCUGACGUCGCAGGAGUGAUGUUCACGUGCGAUCCCCUCAGUGGCAAUCCCGCCGUAACAUACAUUACCGCAAACUACGGACUCGGAGAAAGCGUAGUAUCUGGGCUCGUAGAGUCUGACACAAUAUCGGUCGACAAAGGGAGCAAUGGAAAGAUGACAUUGGAGAAAGUGACUCCAGGGGCCAAAGGCAGCAAAGUCAUCAUGGACAACUCUGGAGGAACAAGGACGGAGAACUUCGUUGAUGAAGAAAAUAAGUGCAGUAUUUCUGAAGGACAAGCACUGCAACUGGCAAGAAUAGGAUCAAUCGUCGACAGGUACUUUGGUGAUUCGAGAGACAUAGAAUGGGCGAUUCAUGGCGAAAGCAUCUAUCUGCUUCAGGCGCGUCCUAUCACGUCUUUGUACGAAGACACAGAGUUUGAAAGCAUGCAUGCCUUGGAUUCUGCGCAUCAGUCUGAAUGGGAAUUCUAUACGAAAGCAAACAUCGGUGAAGUGGUCCAUCGUGGGAUGAGUCCUCUGGGUUCAUCAGCUUUUCACAACCUGUUUGUGCCUGAAUGGGCGUGCCAGAUGAAGCGCGCCCAGAAAGGAAGGCUGCUCACGUCACCUUAUUUCAACAAGCUAUGCCCGGUGUCCCACUACCACAGCGUCCUUGAUCUCUGCGAGUUUUUCCAUUAUUAUGCGCCGGGGGGUGGCGAAGCGGUUGAGCACAUCUUGCUCUCUAUCUUUGGACGUCGAAUCGAAGACAAGGACUUGGAGGAAGCCGUCUCAUUAAGGAAAUAUUCCUGUCUAACAAGAAGAAGGUUCGUCAAUUUUAAGACUCGUUACACUUCGGGGCUCAGCCUAAAACUCGCUUGGAAGAAGUAUGGUGACUUUAAAAUGCCUGUCAACAGCAACAUGUCUGCGCGGCAGCUGUACGACUGCAUCUGCAGCCACUGUGGUGACACUGCAGGGGUGGUUUCGUGUCACCUGGUGUCAUCGGAAGCGUCUUCCUUGUUCAACCAUGAUGUAACUUCUGCAUUGUGCGAACUUAUGAACAAGUCAGAUAUGGAUGACGAUGUUUAUGCUGCGUUGGGAGGCCUCAUAUCAUCGUGUCAUAACCCCGUCAGUGUGGACGUGCCGCUGGCUCUCGAGUGUCUUGCGGCGGUUGUUUCAAAAUUCCUGGACCCGAAGGAGUUUGCAGCAAUGACAACAGAGCAAGCAGAGAAGUGGCUCAGACAUUCUGGCACGGCGGCUUCAACGGCGUUCGAGUCCUUUUUGGAGACGCAUGGUCACAGAGGCUACAACGAGUGUGACAUUCAUCAACCAACCUGGAGAAUGAAACCAACCAUUCUGAUAAAAAACUUACAGGUGCUGGUACUCAACAUCGGCCACAAGAACCUGAUGAAAUCCCAUGUUCCUCUUUUUGAAGCCAUUGAUGGCCUCAACCUUCCACUGUCCUUAUUUCAAAGGUUGCGACUGGCUUACCUGGUGGAAAUGAGUCGCAGAUCGGUGGCACAGCGCGAGUCUUCAAAGUCCCUCCUCAUCAAGGCAGUAGAUGCACUCCGAAUCGCAUACCAUCAGUUGGCAGACAAGAUGCUACAGGAUGGUUUCAUACCAGAAAGGGACCUUCUCUUCUUCAUGACUCACCACGAAGUAGGGCGCCUACUGAACACCAGGAGCGCUACCAUCCUUUCCAGGGCGUACAAGAGAAGGUCUGUCUUCCCAAAAGCCUCUGAGAUAGAAUUCCCAGAGAUCACAAGAGGACCCAUUCAUGCUGGAGUACAAGAGGAACCGCAGCUCACAGAUGACACUACAUUCCUCAAGGGUAUCCCCAUCAGCAAGGGCUCCGUAGAAGGUACAGCUCGUGUUGUUACGUCCAUCGAUGAAGCAUCCACGAUACAGCGUGGAGAUAUCCUCAUCACGUACGCCACAGACAUUGGAUGGAGUCCGUAUUUCACACUCAUCUCAGGGAUAGUCACCGAGCUCGGUGGUCUCAUGUCGCACGAUCUUGGACUCCUGUGGAACCGUAUAUUGUGUUACCUGUACCUUCGUUACCUGUUGUGGAAUCGGAAAUGGAAUUUUCCCAAGUGUACAUUUUUCGUGGAAAAGAAGGAUCCGUACACCGAUGGGAUUCUUUUUCCGGAAGCGGAGUGGGAAAUCGAACGACCGACACAUGAGAAACUUGGCAGGAGGAAGGACGAGAUGUUCCUUUGUGGAACGAGGACCACAGGAGAGUGCUUCGUCAUGAGAGUUAGCAGAAGACGUGGCCGCUGCCUCGACCUGUGGAUAUACUUGCGAAUGAAGAACGGCGAUCACUAUGAAUUUGUGGAACACUCACUGCUGGAUCUCAGCGGGAAAGAAGGCUUUGCCGCGAAAGGGUUACGAAUCGAAUGUCUGGCCCCGAUGAGACAGUGGAGGAUUGCAUUCAACGGCCUCAUGAGAUCCCCGCCGAGUGACGACUCCAGCACUUCAAGUCUGCACGUCCGACUGAAUCUUCUGUGGAAGGCGUCGUCGCAUGUGGUCGACAUCCAGGCUAAUGCGUCUCAUGAAUCUAUACUUGAGGGCUGCCUUGUGGAAUCGCUAGGACAAACUAUCUCCAACUGCGAACGUGCAUACCAACUCAUCGACGGAUACGAACAACGGGGUCAACUCAUGGGCACCGUCGCACUAGGCGACGAAAAAGAAGUGGAGAUGUACCUUUGGGGUACCAGACAACGACUGAAAGGAAAUGUCACAGAAAGUGUCACGAAAGCUAGUCACGUGUUCGGUCACACAAGGGGUGCACAGAGUUUUCAUUUAGCCUGCUAUCACCCGAAUACUGGCUACGGGAAUUCCGAGGAUGCGCCAGAUAUGUCAAGAUUCAUCUACGGAAACCUACAGGCAGCGGAUGGCUUAGUGGACCCAGUGACCGAAACCUCGCCUUCGGAACUCCACGUAUCUGCGUUGUUGGACAGACCUAGUUUUCACAUAAGAGCAGGCGAGACGCAUGAGAUCCAGAUCAAAGAUGCCGUCACUUUAAAGCGUCAUGUUGCAGAGUCUGAUGGCACACAAUUGCUUUAUUUCGAAUUCACAUACGACGGGGUACCGGGAUCCGGCUUAGGUUUUCUAGAUAUCAGUUCACCGAUGCCAUUUGAAACGAAACUAAAUGCCGGUUUGCUUACACAAGACGAGGAUUGUCCAUCCACCUUUCCCUUUGUAGCCAAUAUUUCCGAUGUCGUCUGCAGACAUACCAGUGUUGCUGGUGGGAAAGGGUCAUCCUUAUGUCUUCUGAACGCUAUCUCAAAGGAAAAUAAAGAGGUCUUCAAAGUUCCCGGUGGAGUCAUUGUCACAACAGCCGCGUACGACUUGUUCUUGAGGAACGGUCCAGCGAACCUGUUGCAGUCCAUCUUGCAAGAAGCUCAAGGAGAAAAAACCAUCGAAGAAGUGACCCGAGUCUCAGAGAGAGCGGUGAAUAACAUCAGCAACAUGGCGCUGCCGAACGUGCUGAAGAAACAUAUCAGAGAUGCUUUAUUUCUGGCACUUGAUGGUGACAUUGAGACAAAAAGAUUCGCCGUAAGGAGUUCCUGCACAGGAGAAGACACGUCCGAAAUGUCUGGAGCAGGACAGCUAGAAACGUUCCUUGGUGUUUGUGGAAUGGAAGCUGUCUACGAAGCUGUCGCCAAAUGCUGGGCAUCACAGUUCAGCCCCGUUGCAAUUCAGUACAAGAGACGAUAUGGCCAGUUGCUGAACUCUCCAAUGGCAGUGGUCAUCAUGGAGAUGGUGGCGUCUGACGUUGCAGGAGUGAUGUUCACGUGCGAUCCCCGCAGUGGCAAUCCCGCCGUAACGUACAUUACCGCAAACUACGGACUCGGAGAAAGCGUAGUAUCUGGGCUCGUGGAGUCUGACACUCUAUCUGUCAACAAAGGGAGCAAUGGAAAGAUGACAUUGGAGAAAGUGACUCCAGGGGCCAAAGGCAGCAAAGUCGUCAUGGACAACUCUGGAGGCACAAGGACAGAGAACUUCGUUGAUGAAGCAAAUAAGUGCAGUGUUUCUGAAGGACAAGCGCUGCAACUGGCAAGAAUAGGGUCAAUCGUUGACAGGUCUUACGGCGAUUCGAGAGACAUAGAAUGGGCGAUUCGAGGCGAAAACAUCUUCUUGCUUCAGGCACGUCCUAUCACGUCUUUGUACGAAGACACAGAGUUUGAAAGCAUGCGCGCCUUGGAUUCUGCGCAUCAGUCAGAAUGGGAAUUCUAUACGAAAGCGAACAUCGGCGAGGUGAUGCAUAAUGGGAUAAGUCCCCUGGGUUCAUCAGCUUUCCAGAACCUGUUUGUGCCAGAAUGGAUGUGCUACAUGAAACGCAUCAAGACAGGAAGGGUGCUCAUGUCGCCUUAUUUCAACAAGACAUUGCCGGUGUCCCACUACCAGAACAUUCUCGAUCUCUGCGAGUUUUUCCAUUAUUUUGCGCCGGGGGGUGGCGAAGCGGUUGAGCACAUCUUGCUCUCUAUCUUUGGACGUCGACUGGAAGACAAGGAGUUGGAGGAAGCCGUCUCAUUAAGGAAAUAUUCCUGUCUAACACAAAGAAGGUUCGUCGAUUUUAAGACCCGUUAUACUUCGGGGCUCAGCCUGAAACUCGCCUGGAAGAGGUAUGGUAACUUUAAAGUACCCGUCAACAGCAACAUGUCUACGCGGCAGCUGUAUGACUGCAUCAGCAGCCACUGUGGUGACAUCGCGGAGGUGCCUUCAUGUCACAUGAUGUCAUCGAUGGCGUCUUCCUUGUGCAACCAUGAUGUAACUUCUACAUUGUGUGAACUUAUGGACAAGUCAGAUAUGGAUGACGAUGUUUAUGCUGCGUUGGGAAGCCUCAUAUCAUCGUGUCAUAACCCCGUCAGUGUGGACGUGCCGCUGGCUCUCGAGUGCCUUGCGGAGGUUGUUUCAAAAGUCCUGGACCCAAAGGAGUUUGCAGCAAUGACAACAGAGCAAGCCGAGAAGUGGCUCAGACAUUCUGGCACAGCGGCUUCAACGGCAUUCGAGUCCUUUUUGGAGACGCAUGGUCACAGAGGUUACAACGAGUUUGACAUUCAUCAGCCAACCUGGAGAAUGAAACCAACCAUUCUGAUAAAAAACUUGCAGGUGCUAGUACUCAACGUCGGCCACAAGAACCUGAUGAAAUCCCAUGUUCCUCUUUUUGAAGCCAUUGAUAGCCUCAACCUUCCACUGUCUUUAUUACAAAGGUUGAGACUGGCUUACCUGGUGGAAAUGAGUCGCAGAUCAGUGGCACAGCGUGAGUCUUCAAAGUCACUCCUCAUCAAGGCAGUAGAUGCAUUCCGUAUCGCAUACCAUCAGUUGGCAGACAAGAUGCUACAGGAGGGUUUCAUACCAGAAAGGGACCUUCUCUUCUUCGUGACGCACGACGAAAUAGGACGCUUACUGAACACCAGGAGCGCUACCAUCCUUUCCAGAGCGUACAAGAGAAGGUCUGUCUUCCCAAAGGUCUCUGAGAUGGAAUUCCCAGAGAUCACAAGAGGACCCAUUCAUUCUGAAGUACAAGAGGAACCGCAGCUCACAGAUGACACUACAUUCCUCAAGGGCAUCCCGAUCAGCAAGGGAUCCGUAGAAGGCACAGCUCGUGUUGUUACGUCCAUCGAUGAAGCAUCCACGAUACAGCGUGGAGAUAUCCUCAUCACGUACGCCACAGACAUUGGAUGGACUCCUUAUUUCACUCUCAUCUCAGGCAUAGUCACCGAGCUGGGUGGUCUCAUGUCACACGGAGCUGUGGUGGCACGAGAAUACGGCCUGCCUUGCAUCGUUGCUCUGCACGGAGCUACAAAAUUUUUCAAAACAGGAGAUAGGGUCUACUUGAAUGCUUCUCAAGGCGUGCUGCAGAAGAUGGACAGCAACUUGAAAACCACGGAGCUAUAGUAUUGUGCCAUAUAUUACAGGCGGAUACUUGAUGUAACCGAUCGAGUGAACAUACUCGUAUAAUGAUGGGUGUCACCCAGCUACGAUGUUUGUAAAUAAAUUUAACAGAUACUUUC